UGCCUCGUUCCUGUGUCCAGAUGGAUGUGAAGGCAAAAAGUUUGUACUCUUACCUUCUUUUCUCUAUGACAUCAGAUUUUUCGGAAACUACGACGCCACCAAUCUGUGUUCACGUUUCUCCUAAGAUUUGCUUGCCUAUUUUGCCCUUGCUGAGUUAGUCCCACGUUGGAGCAUGCUGAUAGGCGUAUACUUUAUUUAAAAAAAAAAAGAAAAAAAAAGAUAGGGGAAUGGAAGGGAAUUCUGGAGGAGGAGGCAGCGGCGGCACCAGCGGCGGAACAGACAGAGGAGGAGAAAGAGGAGGAAACGACGUGGAGCUGGUUUGCAAAACCCUCCAGGUAGAACACAAGCUGUUCUACUUCGAUCUCAAGGAGAACCCGCGCGGGCGUUACCUGAAAAUCUCCGAAAAGACAUCGGCUACCAGGUCCACCAUCAUCGUCCCUUCCUCAGGCAUCUCCUGGUUCCUCGAUCUUUUCAAUUACUACGUCAACUCCGACGAUCACGACCUCUUCAGUAAGGAAUUGCAGCUCGACACUAAAGUCUUUUACUUUGACAUUGGCGAGAACCGGAGGGGUCGUUUCUUGAAGGUAUCUGAAGCAUCUGUUAGCAGAAACCGCAGUACCAUUAUUGUGCCUGCAGGAAGUACCAGGGAUGAAGGGUGGGCAGCAUUCAGGAACAUUUUGGCAGAGAUCAACGAGGCAUCAAGGCUCUUCAUAUUGCCUAAUCAACAAAGUUCUGAACCUUCAGAACAUCUUGUUGGGCUUUCAGAUGAUGUAGGGGCUGGCUUCAUAUCUGGACAUAGCCAGCCUGCCUCAACUUCUGAACUGAAUGUAGACAGAUCAGUUGAAUUGCCAGCACAGGAUGAAAUUGGUAACAUGGGGGUCUCAAAGGUGAUUAGAGCAGAUCAAAAGAGAUUUUUCUUUGAUCUUGGGAGCAACAACAGGGGACAUUUCUUGCGGAUAUCUGAAGUUGCAGGUUCUGAUCGGUCUUCCAUCAUUCUCCCACUGUCAGGUUUAAAGCAGUUCCACGAAAUAGUGGGUCAUUUUGUGGAGAUUACAAAGGAUCGCAUUGAAGGAAUGACUGGUGCUAAUGUUCGAACAGUGGAUCCACCUCAAAGGUGAAUGCCAGUGAAACAGGGUGAAUUUGGUCAAAUAAAUAAUUAUGAUUCUGUCAAGUUUGCUGCAAAGCCUCUAAUAGUUGCUUGAUAAAAGGUGUAGUUGAGCUCUUGGUUGUGCUCUAUUGUGUUCAUCCCUUCUGCUCUCAUUCAAGCCUGAAAAUAAUUCGAUUUUUAUCUGUUUUAUUAACAGACAAAUAUCGGAGAUACUUGUGAAGCUUAGUUUCAUAGGAAUAACAGUUGUAAUUUGUCAGUUUAAUAGUGUGGUGCCCUCAUUACCUUGUUAAUAAUGAUUAUUUCAUGCGUGUGUUUUUUUUUCAGUCGUAGAAGCAAACAGCGAUGGAAUGUAUUAAUUUCAAUUUAAAACAAAUAGUGCUUGGAAUUGUUGGCAUUGUGGGUUUUUGACUGUUUUGUGGAUUGCAAAACUGAAGGGGUGGGAGGUUCAAUAUAAUAUUUACUGUA